AAGGCGCCCGCGUGCAAAUGCAAAACAAAAGCUAGCUCAAGCAGGCACUUUUUCAAGUUUUUGUCCCUCAUGGCGACUCAAGAAGAAAGCAGUGAGCGGCGACGUUCCUCUCGUCGCUUGUCCCGAACCCAAACCCCCGUCAGGAUUCUGUUAGGACUUGAGAAAGAUGCUAGCCCUACGCUGGAAACUCCUGGAAAGCGAAGAGGUUCACCAGUUAGUGGUGGACCUGCAAGAAAACGAUCCAGAUCAAGCCGCUCGCGUGUUUCAGUGACUUCUUUGACAACCCCAGAAGGACUACCAAUUACGAGUGUGUUAUGUACUUACUGUACAGGAGACGAAGAUGACAACAAGCAAGGCAAGUUUGAAGCUUUAGUUACGUGUUCACGAUGCCACGAAAGUGCUCACCCGUCAUGCCUGCCCAUGUCAGCAGAGUUAGCAGAAAUUGCCCGCACUUAUGAGUGGCUGUGCUUUUCCUGUAAGGAGUGCAUGCAGUGUAAGAGUCGAACGAGGCAGUCCAAGCUGCUGCUUUGUGAUUUUUGCGAUCGUGGAUAUCACACGUUCUGCCUACGACCGCCUUUGAAGGAACCUCCAUCUGGAGACUGGAAAUGUCCACAUUGUUCUGGCGAACCUCUGCCAAGUGUGACUACAGCAGCAGCAGCAAUGACACCCACAAGUGCAACAGCGUGUAGCACGGAAAGGCAGAAAAGUGGCUCGCCCACUGCUGGCACUAGUGUCGAUGGCAUCAUGCCACUCAGUGCCGCUUACUCUGCAAACCUGGAAAAGAGAAGUGCGGAUGACGACGAGCCAAUUAUUCGACGGCCAAAGUCAACAAACAAGAUGAAGUCCCCCAGAAAAUCAUUAUCACACGCAUCUUCGACAGCAACAAGCAACCAUAGCAGUGCUGCUAGUAGUACAGUUACUAGUCCAAAGAAACUAAAGUCUAAUUUUGACGACAUACUGAGAAAUCCGGAGCUGGUGGAGCUACGCGAGCGCUUGUCCAGUGGAGUAGAUUGCGAGCACGUGGACAUGUUUCUGCAAUCGUAUGUGGCUGCUAAUGAACAAACCGACACCGAGCAAGCAUGCUGGGAUGAUGCAACUUCCAGCAACAGCGCUGCUGGUAUCGCGAGUUUUGCUGCCACCGGCGUGCACCACCCGACUGGGACAAUACGCAGUGUAUGUGUGGGCAAUUACGAAAUGGAGACCCGGUUUUCAUCCCCGUAUGCUCCAGAUGUGGUUUGCCUGAAGCGCCUGUUCCUGUGCAGCUUCUGUCUGGUCCCUGCGAAGAGUCCAUCUAUGCUUGGACGGCAUAUGCGCAAAUGCCAAGUGCGUCACCCUCCUGGCAAGGAAAUCUAUCGCAAGCACGGCCUGUCAGUGUUUGAGGUCGAUGGCGCUGUGGGCAAAGAGUACUGUCAACGAUUGUGUCUACUGGCGAAGCUGUUUCUGCACCACAAGACGCUCUAUCACCAAGUUGAACCGUUUCGCUUCUACGUCUUGACCAAGCUGGAUGAAAGUGGAUAUCAACUUGUCGGCUACUUCAGCAAGGAGAAAGAGUCGCCUAAAUCCUACAACGUAUCCUGCAUCCUUGUCUUACCAUCGCACAUGCGCCAGGGCUUUGGGCGUCUGUUGAUUGACCUCAGCUAUCACCUGAGCCAGCGCGAAGGAAAGAUUGGCUCUCCGGAGCGCCCCCUGUCCGACCUUGGUCUUGUUACGUACCGGUCUUAUUGGAAAAGCAUCGUCUUGUCACAUUUGCAAGGCCGCAAAGCGAGUGUAGUGUCGGCGGCUGGUUCAUUACCGAUCACGGUCAACAUCAAGGCGCUCAGUCAGCAGACAUCGAUUCUGAUGGCGGAUUUGAUCAGCACGAUGCAGUCGAUGGGAAUCCUGAAGUACUGGCGGGGUAAUCAUAUUGUUCUCCUCAACAACUCAUCUGCAAGCAAGAACACGCAGCAUGUGAAUACCUCUAAGAAAGGUUCUCGUCACUUCACUAGCAUUGAUGACAAGGCGUUGCGAUGGAGCCCUCCACCCGAUCCUCCGGGAGCGUAGUUUCCAUUGAGCAUGAGCUGCUCGUUGAUCUCAUCUCAUUUCGGUGUUUAGUGUGUUAGGCAUUUACUGUUUAGUCACACUCGUUGUCAUGUCAGCAGGUACAAGAGGAACUGUGAUUUCUUGGCUCUUCUUUGCUUAGGUUAGAUAUAACUCUGGCCUGGCCCUGCGCAUGUGGGUGUUUGUGUGGGUCCGUGGGUGUGCGCGCAUGUGUGUGUGUGUGGGUCCGUGGGUGUGCGCGUAUGUGUGUGUGCGUGUUUAGGGUGUUUUGAGUAAUUUUUAGACCCUUGAGGGUGUGUUGAGACUGCUUGUUUUUCAUUGCGUAUUUUCUUACUGCUUCCACUAGCACUCCCCCCCCCCCCCCCCUCCGAUUUUUCGCCUGCUGGUCAGGCUGCUGAGCUUAGAGCAAGUAUUUGUCUGUCUUUCUUUGUUGUCUAGGCUGCCAAUAUGUUCUAUGCAUGUGUGGGCAUGUACGAGUAUGUGCAUGACUGUUGACUCGCGCACUUUUUAUUGCGACACGUGUACUUGAUCAUGGUAGUGGUGAUGGUGGUGGUGUGUGUGUGUCGUGUCGUAGGAGAGGCUGUAUGAGCAUGACUUUACUAUCUGCUGGUCUACUGCUGUUGCUUCUUCUUCUAAGGCUGCAGUGUGUGUAGGUUAACAGUCCCUUUCAUAUGCCAGCUCUACACUGCAGCAUGUUUUAGAUUACAGCACUUCUGAGUAUUUUCAA